CUGUCAGAGUCACAAACAAACCCUUAAAGAAGCAGAAAAGAACCACAAUCUUUUCACAAGCUUUCUAUCUUUAUCAUUUUCUUUGAUUCACCCUUUGUUGUUUAGCUUUUGUUUCUUAAGAUGAGGUCAAUCAUGGCUGCCAAAACCCCUCAAGACACUUCCUUUUCAUUCUCAAGAAGAUACUUCCACUGGAAAAAGAAAGAUGAAGGUGAAGAUGAUGAAGAUGAAACCCUCCAUUUUCGAUCAUCAUCACUCGCCUGCGUUGUAACCGCGGACGACAUGAAUCUGGAUGACCACCACCUUAACGUACAGGCGCCCCAGAUACUACAUGGGGCACCUCGGAGAAAGAAACAUGCAAUCAUGCCGGUUUCUUUUCUCCGGUCGGCUCUUACUUUUGGUAAAAGUAACAAAAGUAAGAGCCGACAUAAAACUAAACCUAGUUUAGGCAAAACAACAAAAAUAGUCGGUACCCUUUUCGGGUAUCGUAGUGGUCAUGUCCACAUCGCAUUCCAAGAAGAUCCGAAGCUGGGCCCGGCCUUUCUGGUCGAGCUAGCCACCCCAACCAGCUUCUUGAUCCGAGAAAUGGCAUCCGGGUUGGUUCGGAUCGCCUUGGAAUGCGAUAAAAAGACCGCGAACAAGAAGGGGUUUAAGCUGCUGGAUGAGCCACUUUGGAGAACAUAUUGUAAUGGCAAGAAAUGUGGUUAUGCAAUGAGGCGUGAUUGUGGGCCGGAUGAAUGGAAAGUGUUCAAUUCUGUUGGGCCGAUUACUAUGGGCGCCGGAGUGUUGCCGGAGGGCGGCGGAGGUGGUGGUGGUGAAGGAGAGUUGAUGUAUAUGAGAGCAAGUUUUGAGAGGAUUAUGGGGUCAAAAGAUAGUGAAGCAUAUUACAUGAUGAAUCCAGAAAACAAUGGAGGACCAGAACUUAGUAUUUAUCUUAUUAGAGUUUGAUAUUUGAGUCUUUAAACUGUUAAUGUAAGCCUUGGGCUUUCCUAUGUAUCAUGAAGAUUUGGUUGUUCAUGUGUUUCCCAUAUAAGUUAUAAUACUAAGAUAAGUUAAUUAAGGUUUUUGGGUA